CAUGAUGAAUGGGUGUAUUGGGUUGAGGUUUACGCAAUCCCAUUAUACCAGUCACCCACCACCCACCCAUCUCCAUAUUCCUCCAUUCCCUUAUCUUUCUUUUCUUUCUCUUCCGGCGAGGAAUCCUUUCCCUUCGUUUUCUCUCUUCUAUUACCAUUAUUCUACCUCCGGAUCCACUUUGCUGGUUACAAUUCGACAAAACUGGACUUUUCAUUUCUGUUCUAUCUUUUUUUAACCGAAUUUUAAGCCACUUAUGGGUAAUAUCGGUAGCAGCGGUGGCCAUGGGCGCCGGAGGCAUGGGAACCGGCGGAGCCAUCCACCUCCUCCUCCACCAGCUGCACCACAGCCGGAAAUUACAGCCAACCGUUAUGUAUUUGCUGCCGCCACUCCUUACCCUUCGCAAUACCCGAAUCCGAACCCGCCACCAUAUUACCAGUAUCCUGGAUACUAUCAUCCGCCGCCGGGGGCCAUGCCUGUACCGUUGCCAGCUCCUUAUGAUCACCACCAUCGUGUCGACCCUGCCCUCUGGGUUGGCGGCAGAUAUCCGUGUGGACCCAUGGUGGCACCUCCUGCGCCUUAUGUGGAGCACCAGAAGGCAGUUACAAUAAGAAAUGAUGUUAAUUUGAAGAAGGAAAGUUUGAGGCUUGAGCCCGAUGAGGAAAAUCCAGGAAAGUUUCUUGUUGCCUUCACGUUUGAUGCUACUGUUGCUGGAAGCAUCACUGUUAUUUUCUUUGCAAAAGAAGGUGAGAAUUGUGUGCUAACUCCAAUGAAGGAAAACCUUCUUCCAGUAGUGACUGUAAAUUUCCAAGAAGGUCUAGGCCAGAAGUUUAGACAGCCUUGUGGAACUGGAAUUGAUUUCACAAUGUUUGAGGAGAAAGAAUUAUUGGAAGAGUGCGAGAUGGAUGUAUUUCCUCUGGCAGUGAAAGCAGAGGCUUCUCCUGCUGAACAAAAUGGACCAGAAGGAAACCAACAGUCUGCAACAACAAAUUCUCAAAUAACUCGAGCGGUAUUUGAGAAGGAGAAAGGUGAGUACCAGCUGAGGGUAUCAAAGCAGAUCUUGUGGGUGAAUGAGAUGAGAUAUGAGUUGCAGGAGAUAUAUGGGAUUGGUAAUUCUGUUGAGGGAGAAGUUGAUGCAAAUGACCCUGGAAAGGAAUGUGUCAUCUGCCUGUCCGAACCACGGGAUACCACUGUUCUUCCAUGCCGCCACAUGUGUAUGUGCAGCGGAUGUGCAAAGGUUUUGAGGUACCAAACAAAUCGGUGCCCAAUUUGCAGACAACCAGUAGAGAGACUUUUAGAGAUAAAGGUCAACAAUGGGACUGAUGAAUGAGCAGAGAAAUUGCUCCUGCUUUGCUGUAUAGUAGUUUUUUUGUUUUUUUUUUUUUUUCAUCUUAAUUUUUUCUUUUUGGGGUUGCAAUUUCUUCCUUUCUUCUAAUUUUCUGUUUUCUAAUAAUCAAACAAGAAACUGUAAUCACUCCGCUGUAUGGCAAAGAUAAAUGCUGGUCAUUGUGCCAAAAAUAUUUGAGCCAAUGCCUUCAGCUUGCCCGUCUGGGUGCUUAAUUACAGUUGCUAUGAAUCUUCGUUAAUCUGAGAUAUAAUAUGCUUGCUUGCUUUGAAUAUCAA